AUGGUGGGGGGGAGGUUAGGUGGUUGUUGGGGGGGGUGUGGGUGUGUGGUGGGGGGUGGGUGUGUUGGGGGGGAGUGGGGUGGGGGGGUGGGUUGGGGGGGGUUGUGGGGUUGGUGUUGUUGGGGGGGUAGGGGGGGGAUUGGUUUGUGGGGGGUUGGGGUGGGGGGAGUUGGGGUGGGGGUUGGUGGGGGGGGGGGGGGGGGGGGGGUAGUUUUUGUUUGGGGGGGGUUAGGUUUGGAUGGUAGUGGUUUGGGUAAUUUUUUUGGGGGUGGUUGGUGGGGGGGGGGGGGGGGUGUGGGGGUGUGGGUGGGGGGGUUUGGGGUAGGGGUUGUUUGUGGUGGGGUGUUUGGGGGUUGGGGUAGGGGGUGGGUUGUUUUUUUGUUUUUUGGGAGUUUAUUUGUUGAGGGGGUGGGAUGGUUGUGUGGGGGGUUGGAUGGUUUUUGGUGUUUUUGGGGUUUGUUGGUGGGGGGUGUGUGUGGGUGUGUAGUGUUUGUGGUGGUGUUGUGUGUGUUGUUUGGGGGUUGGUUGGUUGGUGGGGGGUGUGGGGGGGGGGGGGGUUGGGGGGGUGGGGGGUGUGGGUGGUGGGUUGGGUGUUGGGGUGUGGGGGGUUGGGGGGGGUUUGGGGGUGGGGGGGGUGGGGUUUGGGGGGGGGGUGGUGGGGUUUUUUGGGUGGGUGGGGAUUUUGUGGGGUGUGGGGGAGGGGGUUUGUUGGGUGGGUGGUUGGGGUUGGGGGGGGUUUUGGGGGGUGUUGUUUUUGUGAUUUGUGGUGUUUGUUGGUUUGGUGGUGGGGGUAGGUGGGGAUGUGUUUUUGUUUGGGUGGAGGGGAGUAUAGUUGUGAGGUUUGGGGUGUUUGGGGGUUGGGGGUGUGUGGGUGGUUUAUGUUUUUUGGGGAUGAUGGUUUGA